AUGGCAGCUGGGGUAGCAGCAUGGCUGCCCUUUGCCCGGGCAGCUGCUGUAGGCUGGAUGCCAGUAGCUACAGGUUCCAUGCCCUCUCCUCCUGCUGGAGAGAGAAAGAGGUCUCAGGACACCCUGAUUGUGCUAAACGUGAGUGGCACACGCUUUCAAACGUGGCGAAACACGCUAGAGCGCUACCCCGACACUUUACUGGGCAGUACAGAACGUGAUUUCUUCUUUAAUCAGGAUAUUGGGGAAUAUUUCUUUGACAGGGACCCAGACAUUUUUCGGCACAUUCUGAACUUUUACCGUACAGGCAAACUGCAUUACCCACGGCAUGAGUGCAUUGCGGCAUAUGACGAGGAGCUUUCUUUUUUUGGAAUCCUUCCUGAGAUUGUUGGAGACUGCUGCUAUGAGGAAUACAAAGACCGCCGCAGGGAGAAUAUGGAGAGAAUAAUGGAUGAUGCUGAGAGUGAUAGCCAAACAGAAGGCAUGUUGCCCCCAAUGUCUGUGCGAGAGAAGAUUUGGCGAGCUUUUGAGAACCCUCAUACAAGUACAUUAGCCUUGGUCUUUUACUAUGUCACCGGUUUCUUUAUCGCUGUCUCUGUUCUCGCCAAUGUAGUGGAGACAGUACCAUGUGGCACAAGUCCAGGUACCAUGCGCGAGUUACCCUGUGGUGAGCGUUAUACAAUGGCCUUCUUCUGCUUGGAUACAGCAUGUGUGAUAAUCUUCACAGUGGAGUAUGUGCUGCGCUUAAUAGCAGCACCAAGUCGAUAUCGUUUUGUGCGAAGUGUAAUGAGUAUCAUCGAUGUGGUGGCCAUAAUGCCAUAUUAUAUUGCCCUAGUGAUGACAAACAAUGAGGACGUAAGUGGGGCUUUUGUCACAUUGCGAGUGUUCCGUGUGUUCCGGAUUUUUAAAUUCUCCCGUCAUUCCCAGGGCCUCCGGAUCUUGGGCUACACGUUAAAGAGCUGUGCCUCGGAGCUUGGUUUUCUACUUUUCUCCCUUACCAUGGCCAUCAUCGUCUUUGCUACCGUUAUGUUUUAUGCAGAAAAGGGAUCACUCAAUAACAAAUUUACCAGUAUCCCCGCCGCAUUCUGGUACACCAUUGUUACCAUGACAACACUGGGGUAAGUUUAUAUGCAAUUAUUGAAUGAUGACUAGGGCACAUUCCUAUGUAAUAGGCUUUGACUUAAUUUGAUGUAUUUUAGUACCUGACUCGCUUUGCUUUUCCAUGUUUUUCUAAGUUUAAAGGAAGAAACUAUAGGAAUUUUAGGUCAAAUUCAUAAUUAAAUGGCAUUUUGCAUUUUGUACUGUAAAAAAGUGUCUUUAAAGUUAAAUUGAAUGGAAUGUCAGGCUCAGUUGUUUCUCACAUGUUUAAAUUUGUUACAAUAUAUUCUAUCUGCAAUAUACCUUUUAGUGUCACUCUCUACUGGGCUGUUGUGAAUUAUCAAAUGUCCAAACAUAAUGUCAUUAUGCACAAUAGGGGGAAUCAAUAUACACAAUGCCAGUAUUGUUGAUUUAUCGGAAAGAAAAAUGUUGAUGGUCUGAAAGAUUUUGUACCAUUGUUGACUGCAGACAUUAUGCAUGUAAUUAGGCACUUUGAAUGUCUGCAUAAGUCUAAUUUUGUCCUUGUUUUUGGGGUAUGUUAGUUAAAAUCACUGGAUACUGAUCUGUGUACGCUUAUCUUUGACAUGAUCAUAUUUCACUUUUCAUCUUUACAUCUUCUGGUAUCUGGUUAUUCAGUUGUAUGUUUUUUUUCAAGAGCUCAACAAAUGUUCUUUUCGAUAAGUAGAGAGUUACUGUGACUUUUUCAAAAAGGAACCUCAGAAAUGAUACUUGUAAUGUUAAAAUUACCAUAGUAUUUUAGUUUAAAUGCUUAUGGGACCAUGAUACUCGGCCCUGGAACUGUUGUCUUUCCUGAGUUCCCUACAGACAUCAAUCGGUGUGUCUAACUCACAUUGACAAAAGCCUGAGAGGAGAGACACUGGCAGGGGCCCAAUUUUCACUAUUUAGAGGAGGGUGGACACUUGCUGCAGCCUGAAAUGCACUGCUUAGAGGAGAGACAUUGAGUGCAGCCUGAUAUGCACUGCUUAAAGAGACACUAUAGGCACUCAGAUCACUUUAUCUCAUUGAAGUGGUCUGGGUGCAAUGUCUCUGCAUCCCUUAUUCCUUCAAUGUUAAAUCAUUGCAGUUUUAGAGAUUAGACAGCCACUAGUGGCACUUCCUAAUUGACUUUAGGUCCCCUAACUACAGCUGGGCGUCCUCACGCUCUACAUGAGAACAUCCAACGUUAGUAAAAUCCACAUAGGAAAGUAUUAAGAGGGCCUAAUACUGACUGUGCAUGCACGUUAGCGCCUCCUGAAGGAGGAGGAAGAUCACCAACCCAGCACCAAUUGAGAUCAGCCCUGAAAUCAGAUGAGUAAACAACGUUAUUUUUUUUUAACUCUUUCCAUGCUGGGGGUGGGGUGCAAUGGGGGUUAAACCAGAGGGAACUAUAGUGUAAAGCAGACUCUCUCAAACUCCGGCCCUCCAGAUGUUGCUGAAGCCUAUCUAUUUCAUUCAUAGAAUCAUGGCAGUUGUAGUUCAGCAACAUCUGGAGGGCCGGAGUUUGGGGAAGCCUGGUGUAAGGGAUACAACUUUGUUUUACUUACACUAUAGAUUCCCUUUAAAAAAAGGCUAGUGACCUGCACUCAUUGAUUUGUCUUUUAUUGAAGAGAUUAUGGCCAGUGACUUUAUUAAUUAUGAUGGUAGAGGGGUGAAUUUGUUAUUUAGGGUCAAAUGAAAAUAGACAUUUAUUAGAAUAAAUUGUCCAUUUAUAUAUCCAAGCUUUGAUUGUUAAAUCUAAAAUCUAUUCAGUUUAAUUGUAUAAGAAAUCCCUCAAAGACCGAGUAGCACCCAUAACACUGGUUAUGGCUGGAAUUAUAAACGAUCAACAAAAAGCUACACUUGAAUUUCCAUUGUGUUGGUAAAGUGUUUAUUGUCAGGUAAGAUGCUCAUUGGGGGCAUCAUGAAAAUUUGAGGUAAUAAACGUGGCUGAUUUUCACACCUUCAAUCCAAGAUGAUCAAGUGAUGCAAUUGAUAAACAUGGUAAAUGACUGAAGAAUGUCUUGGUCAUUGUUCCCAAGUGGUAUAGCUGUGACAGAUCCUGUCUUAGUUAUAUGUUGAAAGCAGAAAAUAUGCUAUCUUCUCCAGUUUUUUUCAAUGAGUGGACAUUCUUGGCUAGACAGGCUCAGCUCUAACAGUAUUUGAAAUGAAGUUAAGGAUUUUUCAAAUUGAAGAUCUUUGCCAAUGGUUACAAACCUUGAUAAUGUGUCUAGUGUGUUUGGAGGGAUGGGUGUCCAUAUCAGUAACAAAUAUAGGAUACAAUUCCUGUCUGACAAAUUUUAUUGAUUUUAGUUUCAAUCAUGUAGUAAGGCAGUAAACACUAUUUUAUUUUGCUGAAUAAUCUUCCAACUUUUAGGGUUGUUCUCUAAAGUGAUAAUUCAAGUGAAUUUAAUUUUUUUUUGUCAAAACAGCCAAACUGGAAAAAGGUCUCUAAGUCAUCAAUGCCUGGCCUAAAAUUUGAAAUGCAAAUGUAAAUAACCCUGUUUGUGUUUACAAUUGGUAAAGUUGCGGGUAUGGAUUCUUUGGGGCAUUGUCAAGCAGAAAGAUAUCAGUAAACUCUAUGUUAUCACACACUUCCUUUUUUUCCUAAUGGUGUACUCAUUGGAUUACAGUGGACGUAGGGAUGUAAAGUACUAUCACUGCACCCACUGAGUGUAACAUACAUAUGCUAAAAUUUAGCAAGGGAGAGAGUGUGCGUGCCAACUAAGGCACAGGACUACUGCUUCCUCAGCUAAUUCUCCUACUUGCUACCCUAUCCAAGAUUUGGAGGUCCAGAUCCAAAACUAAAGGUUGUACAAUUCCUAUUGUUACAUCACUAAUUAUAGUAUUUUUCUAUUUUGGCCCUGGUGUUAUUUUAAUAACUCACAGAAAGUUUGCCAUAUUCAUAUAAAAUACAUAAUAAAACAGUAUACGUGUUACAAGGUAUUUAACGGUCGGACUAUUUUAGCAGUAGAAUGUUUCAUGUGAGACUUUCUUUGUAAUGAUAAUCAGGAAGUAAUGCUUAGAAGUAAACAUUUGGCAGGUUGCAUAUUAGAUGAAGGCGUUGUCUGUGUCUGAGAUAGGUAGGAGAUGGGUCACUAAUACGUAGGUUGCUCAAAUGUCACAUGUUAUACAUUAUAAACACAGCUGUCUAACCAAGUAAGAUAAGUAACAAAACACUGUGGUUUCAGUAACAGUCAUGAUCACAGCUACCGAACAUGUAUCUGUAUGUCCAGGAUACUUACUAGAUGAUCAUCCAUGCCUUUGAUUAAUAUGGUCAUUGUAUCUGUGUAGGUGAAAUCUGUUAAAACAAAACGUAGGAUAGGAUGUGUAUACUGCGCUGUUCAGUGCUGACAGCCCCUGUCCAUGGUGCUGAAUGUGAAAAAUGUAUUUAUGUGCACAAGUUCCUUGUUGUAUUCUUACAAUAAUGUUAAUACAAUAUACUUACAAUAAUGUUAAUCAUUAUAUCUUAGAGACUUAGACCAACUGUCAAUCGCUGUGGAUAGAACUCCAUCUGCAAUUCAUCAAAAUCACAGGUUCAGUUCUUAAAAAAGUCAACUCAGCAGUAUCAUUAAAGGGACACUUCACUGCCCAAAUAAAAUAAAACACUAUUUUUUUAAUUGGGAUUUUUGAAAUUGGGUAUCUCUAAAAAUAGCUUGUCUGCUGCUUUUGCAAGUCCUCCUCUUCUAACCCCUCCAAGUCUUUCUGUGGCUGUCCAAUCACAGGUUUCCUAAUGCAGCUCAAUGAGAAGUCUUUGAAAGGCAGGUGCUCUGAGCAAUUGCUGCCUCUUGAGUUUAGCUUCACUGAGCUAACCAAACCAGGAAGUAACAGGAUUGGUUGUCUGUUUGACAGCCAGGGUGGUGUAACAAGAUUAAUUUAUAAAAGUGCCAAUUGUUAUGGAAAUCUGCACUUUCUGGAAAAUGUAAAAAAAGAGGACACACUCUUCACACAUAAAGCACUUCAGCAAACUAAAGUGCUCUAGCUGAUGGAGUGUUCCUUUAAGAUAGUAAUAACUAGGAAACCACAACAAAUUAAAUUGACCUUUCCAGGUUAAAAACGUUGAUACAAUUUUAUAGUAACAACAGGCAUUUUGCUUAAGAAAGUACGGUAACAACUAAUAUUUACCUAUUUAGAUCUAUUGAUACAAAACAAUUCUUAAAAUGAUCUUUGAAUCCAGAAUUUAAUAAUUAAAGAUCUGUUUCCAUAAAUUCAACCUGUUACAACAGCUAGGUCUCCAAAAAGCAGUGCUUUACAGUAUUCAUCUCCUAAACUGGGAGUGUAUCGCUGGAGAGGAUACAUUAUAGGACAUGCAGACUCUUUUGGGAUGAGCAGUUUUGGAUGAAGUAUUUACUACGGGCUCCUAUGAGGCUAGAUCCAAUAUGCUGUCUCAACUGCUAUUCAGUUUUUAGAAUUGUCAGGUCUUGAUUGGUUAAAAAGAGGAAUAUACCCUGGGAAAUCUACUACAAGUACUGCAUUGCGUACAAAAAUAAUUUAAUUUUAAUAGCUUGAUGCGAAUGUUUACCAACCGAUAUAAUUUGCCGUAGAUGUGUUCAAGGUCUGUAUGUGUACAUAGUAGAUUACUUCUUUUUAUAACUGCAUUAAGUGGUAAUAUAAAAGUAGCACUGAUUACAAUUCAUAUUUUGAUAGUGAUUCUAGAUUUGGAAAAACUAUUUUGUAGUAGAUACAUGCAUAUUUUAUCUAGAAUUAGAAUUAGAAUGCUGCAAAACAGGUGUGUCUGUAUAUAUUUAUAUAUAUGUACAUAUAUAUUUAUAUAUCAACCAAAAAACAUGAGCACCCUGUGGAUUUUGUGAAAUCAAUUCAAAUGAUUGUAUUUACAAUAUCAUAAGUUGGAUCAACGUUUCGACCGUCUAGCGGUCUUUAUCUUGAUAAAGACGCUAGGAGGUCGAAACGUUAAUCCAACUUAUGCUAUUGUAAAUACAAUCAUUUGAAUUGAUUUCACAAAAUCCAUAGAGUGCUCUCGUUUUUUGGUUGAUGCAUAUCGUGCUGGGACAGAACCUUGGUACAUUUAAGGUGUAUUUUUUUUUCUUUUAUAUGGGAUGAGUGCCAGAAAGAGUUAUUUAUUGAGUGUAAAUAGUCAUACUUACCUUAACCCCUUAAGUACGGAGGCAAAUGGACAAGUUCUGAUGAACACAAUACCUAGAAUUUGAGCUAUAUGUCUGUUCAACUAUUAUGUACCCACAUCCAUCAUGUAUCAAUUUGUUUAGGAGAAGCAGGGCAUUCAUUCACACCAAAUACAUGGCAUGAGUGGAGGCCAGGGCAGGGAAUGCUAGCUCCUUACUCUUAAUAUUAAAAGUAUCUCUCUCCUAAUGCCCAAGGGUAGGGGAAUGAGGAAUUAUGUCCCCUUUGUUAUUUCUCAGGCCCCAUCUACAUGGGAUGUUUAAUGUUUAGUAGACAUGCCACCACCUGCUGGAUGGCACAUAGGGCACAGGGAGGUAACAUACCUCCAUUAUAGCAAUAUGUAGGUUUUAUUGAACACAUAGGAUUUUUCUUUAUUAUUUCAUUAUUUUAUUUUAUUUUUCACUUUGGCAACUGGCUCGGAAGUGCUUCCUAGCCACCACAUAAUUAAUUCUAGCGCUGGGUUUUUAACUAUUUGCCCGCUGGCUUCUAAUGUUGCCAUGGGGCAAAUAGUUUUUCAAAUGAUCAAUUCACUUGCAAAUAGGAAGUGAAUGAAAAUGUGUGAACUAGCAUCCUCCCAGAUGCAUUCAGUUUAUCAUGCGUCAUUGAUAAAUCCCCAAUUCUGGUGCUGUGGAUUGGUUCCGAUGUGGUAAUCACUGAUUUUCAGAACUCACCUGAACCAAUGUUACAGAAACGGUUGGGCCGAUCGAAUCAUGACCGUAUUUGGCAUUAGUAAAUUUGAGAAUUUCCAAUGGGGUUGGAAUUGUGCCAGUUUCACUGGGAUGAUUGUUUCUUUACUGCAGUACCAACACCUAACAACAUUUCAAAUGGACAAAGAGGUACACUUUAAUUUUAGGGGUGUGAGGGGGGAUGAGACCAUGGGCAUGGCUCUUCUGAGAAUGUGUCAGUGACUUACUAGUAACAAUUUAUGCAACUAAUAUGUAAUUUACACAGACUGAUUUAUAUAUAAAUCUAUUGCAGUUUAUAGACAAUAUGAAGCUCCUAGAAAAGAGGCACAGAGCGACUUGGGUCAAAAAUAGGGACUCUUGUGAGGUAUGAGCACCUGAUGUCAAAGUUCAGGUUAAAAAUCACACAGCAUUUAUAGCAUCCAGAAAUGCAGUACAGAAGCCGUUAGCUAACCAAACAGAGUCUAAGUAUCUUACUAUAUGCCUAUCUGUUCACUCUCUCUCCCUCUGUUGUAUUCUCCCCCACUGUCUGCAGUGAGAGUCAACUGUUCUAUAUCUAUACAUUAGAACUCUGCUAACUUACCUCCCACCCCCUCACUGUACACUCUGGUCAAGAGAGAACUUGGGAUUUAUCAAUAAGAGAUUGAGGAGAGACACGGAGAGAGCUCUGGCCCUAUUUUACACAAGCAGUAAAAUAUAAAGGGGGAGAGUGACUGUCACUAUUCUAAUCCCUGAAAAAGGAGUUAACAAACGAGUGCUGUUUAUCAUAACAUGUGACUGCAUGCCAUGACCACUUUUGAGCAAAAUGUUGAUUUGAAAACAACAGGUAUAUGUAGAGAAUUGCUGAAUAAAGUGCACCCCUCAUGCCUAACACAAUUUGGAAUCACUUUAUAUUUAAUCGCAUAUCAUCUUACAGUGUGAUAGCCACAUUGGUAAGAAAUCUAUAGAUAAGAACUUUUUGUUAUUAUUUUGUCCUGGUAUUAUCUGCUGUGUUGCUGGAGUAGUUGUAAAGAGUGAGGGUGCCACGUCUUGCUGUGGAAGCAGCCACCUAUCCCUCUAUUGACCCACUUAUAAUCCACAUUUUAACAAAACGUUUUCUAGAAUGUCUUGUUCUGAAAUUACCUUUGAACAUGUCGAGCCUAUUCAUUUGUUUAUUACAUUUAAUUUAGUAAUCUCUUGCAUGGAUUAUAGUAACUCUCUCUUCAUAGGUCUUCCCACAAGUCGUAUUGCCCCGCUACAGUCUGUAAUGAAUGCUGCAGAUAGACUGAUUUCCCUCUUCUGUCGCUCCUUUCACACCUCUCCCCUCUGUCAGUCCUUACAUUGGAUUCCUGUAUCCUAUAGGAGUCAGUUGAAGGUACUAAUCCACACCUAUACGGCACUGACCAAUUCUAGCCCCUCCUAUAUAUCUUCACUGAUCCACAGGUAUGCCCCUUCUCAGUCUCUCCACUCGCACCCGUACGGCCAACUCACGCUUGCAGGACUUCUCGUGGGUGGCUCCAUUCCUUUGGAAUAGCCUGUCUACGACCAUCAAGCUUUCCCCUAGUCUUCAAUGAUUUAAAUGGUGCCUCAAAACCCAUUGCUUUAGGAAAGCUUACCUUACAUAGUAACCUCUACCUCACAUACCUAUCCCUUGCUCUGUCCUAAUUGGUAGUACUCUAUUCUCUCAUCCAGAUCUGCUUCACUCCACCUUGUUUGAUUGCUACCUCUUGUCCUGUUAGGUUUUACGCCCCACCUCCUAUGGACUGUAAGCUUGUUUGAGCAGGGCCCUCUUCAAUCUAUCGUUCCUGUAAGUUUCUGUAAUUGUCUCAUUUACUGUUAAAUCUCCCCCUUUGAUAAUAUUGUAAAGUGCUACGGAAUAUGCUGGCGCUAUAUAAAUCCCAGUAAUAAUAAUAAUAAUCAUAAUAAUAAUCAACAAAUGUGACAAAGGCUUACAAUAUGACCUUGAUAUACCUUUGUUAUAGCAAGAUACUGCAUUUAAAAAAAAAAAAAUUAAAUGUUCAGAAUAAUGGCUUCUUCUUGUUUAAAAGAUGCAUGUCAUUAUUUACUGUUCUUCUGCAAGGUGAUUAGACAAGGUUUAGCUAUAUAAUUGAAUAAAGGACAUGACAUGAAAUAAAUAUUUAUGAAAAUGUCCCCAACAGAAAAGUGAUUCUACAUUCUAGGUGGAACCAUCACGUUAGAAAUCAACGAGAGAAUUAUGGAAGAAUGUUUCUGUUAGAUCACAUUCGUUUCCACAAUGACGACCCGACUUUAGAAACUUUGCAUAAUUUUCUGUUGACAAAGUCAUAUAAAUGACAUGUCCAAAUAGUUGUACUAUCCUCUACCACUAAAACAAUUUCUAUUAGGGUUGAGUUCAUACCAAAAUUCUAAUGGAAGCACUUUCACACGUUUUUGUCUUUGUACAUACCUGCUAAAACAUAUGUACAGAGAAAUUACUACCUAAUGUGAUAACCUUCCAUAGUGUUAUUAGAAUCUUUCAAAGUAUAUUUUGAAUUAUAAACCCCUUAUCAAUCUGGUAAAUUCUGACCAUAUAACAUAAUUAAAUCAUAAUUAACUAUAAGAAUAAUAACAUUAUUGCAUUGUUUGUAAUAUACUCACUUCCCUCCUCCGUUAGAUGCUCACCCAGUCUCCACUCCUUCAAAAAAUCAUUAAAAACCCACUUUUGUGUAUUAAUAUUGCUUUUGUAUUUUAUUGUACCAUAAUGUAUCAAUGCAAUGUUUUGUGGACCCAGGACAUACUUGAAAAAGAGAGAAAUCUCAAUGUAUCUUUCCUGGUAAAAUAUUUUAUAAAUAAAUAAAUAAAUAAUAGCUCCUGUCUGAUUCCUCUCUUGCAACUGUUACUAGUCUAAUACUAUCCUUACCUUUUUGUGUCAUUUUACCCCACUCCCUCUAGCAUGUAAGCUCAUUGAGCAGGGCCCUCAACCCCUCUGUUCCUGUGUGUCCAACUUGUCUGGUUACAACUGCAUGUCUGUUCGUCCACCCACUGUAAAGUGCUACGGAAUUUGUUGGCGCUAUAUAAAUAAUAACAUAAUAAUAAUAAUAAUAAAUUAUUCUGGGUUCUCUUAUCUAUGUAAAACCAUUCCUGUCAAUUGUAUUGUAUUUCUAUUCUUAAAAAUGUAUUACAAUUAAUAACUGCAUUCUAAUUCAAAUUGCAUUCUAAUAGUAGAGAAGAUACAUUUGCUUGUUAUACAGUAAGUGUUUUUGUAGUGAUAUGGAUAAAUGUGUAAUACUAUCAUGCAUUUUAACCUAGUUUUUUUUUUUUUUUUUAAUGGACGUGGUAAGUGAGAUAUGUUGUUUUUAUAUUUCAGUCUUAUCACCUAUAAUAACCGGAGUUUCCGUACUCCUGCUCAGGCUUUAAAACGCAAAAAUAAAGAACUGAGUUUGCACAUGUAUCAUCUUAAGAGUCAAUUAUAUCCCAUAUUAGAAGGAUCCAGUAAAGAAAAUGAUGUGCCUUGCAAUGCAAGUAAGCAUCUGUCUGCGAAUGAUUUUAUUUCAGCGCAGAGUGUGCGAGGUGACAGAUUGUCAGGACGAGGGUUCUUGGCAAAAUUCCAAGACUUGCCACUUAAAGACCAAAAACACUAA